AUGAACAUUGCUCCACGGUUCCACGGCAAGCGCGUGUCUCCGAAAAGUGAAGCCACGUUCGGUGCACCUGAGCUUUGCAGCAGCGUGAGCCCAAACCGCGUUCCACGAAGUGGCAAAAGGCAAGCAGGAGAGACAGGCACUAAUCAACUAAGAGGCCAACGCAAAAAAAAACAUACUCAUCGUGAAAACCACAGAGAGGCAGGCAACUGGACGCCAAUGCGCACUCCACAGCGCCUUUCCAUCCGCCGUUUUCCUCGACGACGCCGUCAUUUUUUCCUCGUCCUCGUCCUCCUCCUCCUCGUCGUCGUCGGAGCGGAUGUCCGUGAGCGGGCCACCAAAAAUCAUUUGCACCGCCAGCCUCACAAUCAGCGAAAACCNGUACACUUGCAGCCCCUGCAGCACCACCUGCAGGA